GCGAUGGAGGCGUGCGAGGCGCCGAUCGUGGGCGCGGUGCACGGGGACUGCGUGAACGCGGGAUUCGAGCUCGCGCUCGGGUGCGACGCGUUGGUGGCGAGCGAGGACGCGCGGUUCGUGGACACGCACGCGACGAUCGGGAUCUUACCGAGCUGGGGACUGAGCGUGAAGCUGAGUCGGAGCGUCGGGGCGAACGCGGCGCGGGCGUGCUCGGUGUUCGGACGAGCGAUGGACGCGAGGCGGGCGGAGGCGCUGGGGUUGACGUGCGCGACGACGAAGGAC